UGGUUAAAUAGCCCAGCCGGGGAACCCGCCAUUUUCUGCUGGGGCUGGCGGGAAAGGCGGGAAGGGAGCGAGAGCUGCGCGAGCGCCGGCCGGGACUCCCAACGGCUCCAACGGUCGCUGCAGUGAGGGGCGCGAGCCACACACACAGCAGAUUUCUUCCGCACUAAAGACCAUCCAGAAUGGCCCGUACCAAGCAGACCGCUCGUAAAUCCACUGGUGGGAAAGCCCCCCGGAAGCAACUGGCCACCAAAGCAGCCAGGAAAAGUGCACCCUCCACUGGGGGAGUGAAGAAACCUCAUCGUUACAGGCCUGGCACUGUGGCCCUUCGAGAGAUCCGGCGGUACCAGAAAUCCACCGAGCUGCUGAUUCGCAAACUCCCGUUCCAGCGUCUGGUCCGUGAAAUCGCUCAGGACUUCAAGACGGAUCUGCGGUUCCAGAGUGCUGCCAUCGGAGCCCUGCAGGAAGCCAGUGAGGCUUAUCUCGUGGGUCUCUUUGAAGACACCAACUUGUGUGCAAUCCACGCCAAAAGAGUCACCAUCAUGCCAAAAGACAUCCAGCUGGCACGUCGUAUCCGCGGCGAGCGGGCUUAACUCGUUGGCGGCUGAUAUCCGCUCACACAGUGUAUUAGAGUAGACUCUAGGUUUUUUUUUUUUUCCUACUCCUGUUUGUAGUGGCUAGGACACGGGGAGAUGUUAUAAACCUAUCUUAGUAAGAUGUAAGCGAUCAAGAGAGUUGAAUCCGUUUGUUCAUAAUGUACAAGCAAAAAAAAAAAUUUAGAAAUUUACAAGACUUGGAUUUUUUUGUUUUGUUUUUGUAAACUUUUUUUUCAGAAUUGCAAAAAAAAAUAUAUAAAACAAGGGGGAAACAUUUUUGAAAUAUCUGGUUUUAUACACAAAACUUAAGUAGAUUUAGGCAUAACAUAAGGAGCUUUUGGUCUUCAGUUUGUAAAAAUAUAUCUGCAAAAGAUCACGCUACACUAUAUUUUUCAUUAUUUGAUUUCUUUUUUUCCUUUGUAUUUAGAAUGGGCAUGAUAUUUAAACUUGUUUUCUUAUUUCCAUCUGUCUCGUGAAAUGUGACUUGGACCUUUGUAACUUUCAGGUUUCUUCACCCUGUGGUGGGAACAAAAAAAAAAGAAAUAAAUGUUGAACAAUAA